AUGUGGUUUAGUUUGUACUUUUUACCACUUAUUCUUCUAAUAAGUACAUCACAAAAGUCACUAGUAUUGUCCUGUUCGGGGGACGUUUUGCCCUACGAUAAAUUAGAUGUUGAUGAUUGGAUAAUUUCCAGUACAUAUAUUGAAAAGAGAUAUCCAUAUUUUACAUUUUCUUGCAAUUCUACCAUGUGCUCCAUAAGAGAAAUGGACUACUUGUUUCAUGAUAUCGCCUACACAUUUCGGGUCAAAGACAUUGUGAAAUCGUUAAUGUUUAUGUACGGUUCUGAUUAUAUUCAACUAGUUGAGUACGACGAAACUGGACUUGAAGACAGUUCUUACAGUGAUGGUGAUGAUGAUGACGAUGGUGAGAGUAAAAAAUCCAGUUUGCCAAGUGAUAAUGGUUCUGAUGGUAAUGAUGACGAUGAUACUAAAAGUUCAGCAAAUAAAAGUCAGUCCAACUCCCUUUCUUCUCAAAUUUAUGUCACCUUAUUACUCUGUCUCUUGACUAUAUUCAAUUACUCCUAA